AUGGCGGCAUCACUGUUCACCUUCUCCUCCACCUCAAGAAGAGUUGUCCCAGCUCCAAACUCGCCUCCUCUUCCCAUAUACAUCAAAGCCACCAACGUUGUUUUCAACCCUGAUAUUCCAGAAGUUCAUCAAGGUCUUGGACUUGAUGAUUUUGUUAAUUUCUUAGCUUCCUGCCGACUCCGAUACGCAAUCAGUGACGUUCCAUUAGAGUUCUUUCCCGAACAAGUCUGUGAAUUCUACUACACUGCAACAAUUAAUGAUGAAAACAACGCCAUCUCCGGGACUAUUGGCUGUGGAAGACACUCAGUCUUCAUUACCGCUGACCUCCUCAGUGCUGCGCUCAGGUUACCAAUCUUUGAACCAUUCUCAGAGCUUCCAUCUAUUGAACGUUGUAGACGUCUCUUUGAUCAACUGGGAUACGAUCACUCUAAGGCUGGUACUCGAUCAGAUCUCAUUCUGCGUCAGUGCAUGACUCCAGGAUGGAAGUUCUUCACCGGUGCUCUGUGUAAGUGUGUGGGUCACAAAUCUCGCAGUGGUGAUCAACUGAGCACGUAUGAACAACAAGUCGUCUAUUAUUAG